AUGAAACUUUUUAAAAAAGGCGUCGAAUAUCGCGAAACAGGCAAUGAAGCCUUCAAAAAGGGCGAUUAUCCCGCAGCAUUAUCAGAUUACUAUCACGCACUUCUGCAUUUGCGAACUGUCGGUGGUCUUCAGCCUGCAAACGAUUUGAAAGAGAGACCGAACGAGCAACUCGUCAAAAUUUACAACAACCAGUGUGCUGUUUUGGCAAAGCAGGAGAAAUGGCCGCGCGUUUUGGAUACAGCCACCAAGGCACGCGAAAUCGAUGCUGAAAACUUUAAAGUGGUCAAUGCAGCAGCCAUGACAAAGACCCAAGUGCCACGAAAAUGUACGACACAACCUGAACUUGGAUCGAUGCUAGAUCGUCUGUUCCAAGGUAGAAUUAGAGGGUGCGAAUACUUUGGUUGGCAGGUCCAACAGCGUCAUAAAGCCUUCACACCAUUUACAUAUAUAUGAGCAUGGGUGUCUCUCUGUGUUGUGCGAACUGUCUAACUAGAGUGUUGCUUCUCCACGACGAGUGUAUAAUCAUGUGGGGGUUGUUGUGUGGAGAAGUAAAUUGAAUUGAAUUUACCUAUU